GGCUUCGUUGAAGUGAUAAGAACGACUCGAGAGAGAGCGAGAGCAUCUGGAAACCUGGAACAACAAACAAAGAUCGGAAAUUCUUGACAUCUGACUGUCAUUCAUUAUUCAAUAUUGUGUGCGGGCAAUAUUAAAAUGUUUGCCUUUCUCUGUGGAGCUUUAAUAUUAUUGGCCUUUGAGCCUGGCUUAUCUGCUGCUGAAGUGAAAUUUAAAUAUGCCAUCAAAGAAUUUUCGGUGCCGCUGGAUCACUUCAGUUUCCUGAACAAUACCAGCUUUAAUAUACGAUAUCUCUACAAUGAUUCGUAUGCCGACAAGAGCAAUGUGGAGAGUCCAAUAUUCUUCUACACUGGCAAUGAGGGCGACAUCGAAUGGUUUGCCCAGAACAGUGGCUUUGUCUGGGAGCUGGCUGAUAAGUUGCGUGCCGUGGUCGUGUUUGCCGAGCAUCGCUAUUACGGCAAGUCGAUGCCCUUUGGCAGCGAUACAUUCAACAGCAGCAAACCGGAGCAUCUUGCCUACUUUACGGUCGAACAGGCGUUGGAGGAUUAUGCCAUGUUGAUAACCUACUUGCGUGGCGGACGUCAGUUGCCUGUUGUCGCAUUUGGUGGAUCCUACGGUGGCAUGUUGUCGGCCUGGUUCCGCAUGAAGUAUCCGCAUAUUGUGAUUGGUGCUUUGGCUGCCUCGGCACCAAUUCUACAAUUCCCGGGACUGACGCCUUGCGAGAUUUUCAAUAGGAUUACGACAACCGUUUAUGAGACUGCCUACAAUGCCAAUUGCAGCGCGAACAUUGGCAAAUCUUGGAAGGCAUUUGAAACCUUGGCUGCCAACGAUGCGGGCAAGAAGCAGCUGGGCGACCUCUUUCACUUGUGUGAUCCCAUUAAGAACGCCGAUGAUUUGAAUGAGUUUUUGGAUUUCCUCGAGGAUGUCUAUGGCAAUCUGGCCAUGGCCAACUAUCCCUACAAUUCCACGUUUUUGGCCCCGCUGCCUCCAAAUCCGGUGCGUCAGUUGUGCUUCUACUUGAAGGAUCUGCACCAGAAGGAUGACGAUUUAAUCAAGAGCAUGGCAAGUGCCUUGGCCGUCUAUACCAACUACACGGGCACUCAGAAGUGCGUCGACUACAAGUACUCAAAAUCUGAUGGCACGCUGGACAACAAGGGGUGGGACAUACAGACGUGCAAUCAAAUGGUUAUGCCCUUCUGCUCCAACAGCAGCGACACCAUGUAUCGCACCAAGGACUGGAACUUGAAAGACUUCACCGAGAAGUGCUAUAAGAAGUACCAGCUUACACCUAAACCAUAUGAUAUUGAGCUGCGCUAUGGUGGCAAUAAUCUAGAGGCGGUCAGCAACAUUAUCUUCAGCAAUGGUCUUCUCGAUCCCUGGAGCGGUGGUGGUGUUCUCCAGGCACCCAACAAUCAAGUGCAUGUGAUCAUCUUGCCGGAGGGUGCUCAUCAUUUGGACUUGCGUCAAAGUAACCCAUUGGAUCCGCCAUCUGUGGUCGAUGCUCGUCAGAGGGAAGCUGCCAUCAUUGCGGGAUGGAUUAACGAAGCUUAAGGCCUUGAACAUACAUCCUCUUACUUUUUCAAUUUCAAUUAUUGCUAUUCGCAAAUACUACUUAUGAUAAUAUAUUUUCUUAUACAAUAAACAAACCGUGCUGUUUUUUUGAAUGUAUAUCGUUUAUAAAAUAAAACAUGGUAAAUAUA